AACUUUGGUAAAUUUAUUUUACUUUAAAUCCUGCUGUUUUCCCUUUCUCCUUUCAUGUCACUUAGUUGAUUUGCCACCAUGGGGAUACACGGAUUGCUGCAAUUUAUCAAAGAAGCUUCUGAACCCAUCCAUGUGAGGAAGUAUAAAGGGCAGGUAGUAGCUGUGGAUACCUAUUGCUGGCUUCACAAAGGAGCUAUUGCUUGUGCUGAAAAACUAGCCAAAGGUGAACCCUCUGAUAGGUAUGUAGGAUUUUGUAUGAAAUUUGUAAAUAUGUUACUGUCUCAUGGAAUCAAGCCUAUUCUCGUAUUUGAUGGAUGUACUUUACCUUCUAAAAAGGAAGUAGAGAGGUCUAGAAGAGAAAGACGGCAAGCCAGUCUUCUUAAAGGAAAGCAGCUUCUUCGUGAGGGGAAAGUUACAGAAGCCCGAGAAUGUUUUACCCGUUCUAUCAAUAUCACACAUGCAAUGGCCCACAAAGUAAUUAAAGCUGCUCGGUCUCAGGGAGUAGACUGCCUCGUGGCUCCAUAUGAAGCUGAUGCACAGUUGGCCUAUCUGAACAAAGCUGGUAUUGUACAGGCUGUAAUUACAGAAGACUCUGAUCUCCUAGCUUUUGGCUGUAAAAAGGUGAUUUUGAAAAUGGAUCACUUUGGAAAUGGACUAGAAAUUGACCAAGCUCGACUAGGAAUGUGCAAACAACUUGGGGAUGUAUUCACAGAAGAGAAGUUUCGGUACAUGUGUAUUCUUUCAGGCUGUGACUAUCUCUCCUCACUGCGUGGGAUUGGAUUAGCAAAGGCAUGCAAAGUACUGAGGCUAGCCAAUAAUCCAGAUAUUGUAAAGGUUAUUAAGAAAAUUGGACAUUAUCUCAAGAUGAACAUAACAGUACCAGAGGAUUACAUCAAGGGAUUUAUUCGAGCCAACAAUACUUUCCUUUAUCAGCUUGUUUUUGAUCCCAUGAAAAGGAAACUCAUCCCUCUGAAUGCCUAUGAAGAUGAUGUUGAUCCCAAAACACUAAGCUAUGCUGGGCAGUAUGUUGAUGAUUCUAUAGCUCUUCAAAUAGCACUUGGAAAUAAAGAUAUAAAUACUUUUGAACAGAUCGAUGAUUACAAUCCAGACACUGCUACGCUUGCCCAAUCAAGAAGUCAUAGUUGGAAUGACAAAAUAUGUCAAAAAUCAACUAAUGUUAAUAGUAUUUGGCAUAGAAAUUAUAGUCCCAGACUAGAAUUGGAUAUUGUUUCAGGUACCACAAGAUUGAAGGAAAAUCUAAGUACUGUGGGAGUUGAACGAGUGAUUGGUACUAAAGGUUUAAAUCUUCCAAGGAAGUCAUCUAUCGUGAAAAGACCAAGAAGUGAAGAGUUGUCAGAAGAUGAUCUGUUGGGUCAGUAUUUUUCAUUCACAAAGAAGACCAAGAAAAAUAACUGUGACAGUAAUAAAACCUUGAACUCUUCUGAAGUAUUUGUGCCUGACCUGGUAGAUGGGACAACUAACAACAAAAGCAUAAGCACACCACCUAGGACAAGAAAUAAGUUUGCAACAUUUUUACAGAGAAAAAAUGAAAAAAGUGGUGCAGUUGUGGUUCCGGGGACCAGAAGCAGGUUUUUUUGUAGUUCUCUGGAUUCUGCUGACUGUGUAUCAAAGAACGUGAGCAGCCAUCCUCUAGAUGAAACCAUUGUCUUGGAGAAAGAGACCAAUCAGAAUGAAUCAGAUUAUCUAGACCUAGAAAGCAAGAAACUGGUUAAUACAAACGUAGCACGUAAUUCAAGUGACCGGAUUCCAGACGAUAUAACACAUAAUUCAACACAUAAUUCAAGUGACCAGAUUCCAGAUGCUGUAACAGUGUUUACUGAUGAAGUGUCUCAGUCUUUUAAGACUAGCAAAUUCACAAGGACCAUUUCACCACCCACCAUGGGAACACUAAGAAGCUGUUUUAGUUGGUCUGGGGGUCUUGGAGAUUUUUCUAAAACCCUGAGCCCCUCUUCAAGCACAGCAUUGCAGCAGUUCCGAAGGAAGAGUGAUUCCUCCACCUCUCUGCCUGAGAAUAAUAUGUCUGAUAUGUCUCAGUUAAAGAGUGAUGAGUCAGGUGAUGAAUCUCAUCCCUUAAAUGAAGUAGGAUGUUCUUCACAGUCCCAGGAAAGUGUAGAAUUAUCAUCAUACAGUUUAAGUUUUAAAUCAAAACUUUCUCAGCCUUCUAGUAAGGAUUCUGAUACAGAGGAAUCUGAUUGUAAUAUUAAAUCACUUGAUAAUCAAAGUAAUCAGACUUCAAAACUACAUUUAUCUCAUUUUUUGAAAAAAGACACUCAUCUAAGGAACAAGGUUCCUGGGCUAUAUAAAUCCAAUUCUAUGGAAUCUCUUUCUACAACCAAGAUCAAACCUCUAAUAUCUGCCAGAGCCAGUGGGCUGAGCAGGAAGCCAGCAAACAUCCAGAAGAGAAAUCAUCGUAAUGCUGAGAACAAGCCUGGAUUACAGAUAAAAAUUAGUGAGCUCUGGAAGAAUUUUGGAUUUAAAAAAGAUUCUGAAAAGCUUCCUUCUUGUAAGAAGCCUCUGUCUCCUGUCAAAGAUAACAUCCAACUAACUCCAGAAACAGAAGAGGAUAUAUUUAACAAACCUGAAUGUGUGCGUGUUCAGAGAGCAAUAUUCCAGUAAAUACAAGCUGCUGGGAGGCUGUUACCUGCAAGAGACUCUUACCAAUUUGAAGUCCCCAUUGGGAAAGAGGCAAUUGCCAACCUGAAAGAUUUGUUCUUAGUUCCAUGCCAUUUUAAAAUAGAAUACAUUUUAUAUAUUAACU